AUGUCACUCCAGGGACUACAGCGAAGCUACACCUUCGAAGAAAAAGGCCAUGGCAACACCCCGAACACGGGUAGCGAUGUCCGGAGUACAAGAUUACCAGCGCAUCAAAAGCCCUCGAGCAAGAGCGAAUUCUCCAACCAUCAUGGCCAUGAACCUUCACGUUUCAAGAGAAUUGAGGAUAUCUUCGAGAAGGAAGACCAAGAGACAGGGAAGGGAGAAGAUGUGAGCGAUGGACACAAGGAACUCUUCCGUCGCUUCGACAAUGAUCCCGAGGCCAUGGCAAGCCCUUACGCCCAUCUUGAGCGGGACAACUCAGUGUUGAAGCGCGACGACAAGGAGCAGAUGACAUUUCUCCACGAAAUAGCACGGAUGAAUUCUCGUGGGAUGAAACAGAGUUGGGCAAAAGGAAUCUAUAAGAUUAUACCAUGGGUGGUGACUCACGAACCGAGCCUUCUGGACCUGGUGGAGGAGUCAUGUGCCCUGGAGUAUGCGUCGAAAAAGUGCGUUCAAGUCGCAUACUGCUUGUUGAAUCUGCUUCUAGACCGGCAAACGGAAGAGAUGCUGCGGCAGGAGUGCAACGGAGCUGCUUGCCGUGUCGAUCCAAGCCAUCCAUUGAUUGCCUUUGUGAAGGAGACGACCACCGGGGGGAGCAGCUCUGACUGUCCUCAUAAGCUCAAGGAGAGAAUCCUCAGGUACAAUGAUGUGCUGACUGACAAACUGCAAAAGGCAGCGCAGAAUUCCGAUAGUAUCAAGCCUUGUAUUCACCGCAUAAUCGAGAGCUAUUGCGCAAAUCCUGAUCGCAAUGCGGCGGAGCAGCUUGUUCGGUUGAGCGGCCCAGAAAUCAUUUCAUUCCCAGUUGGAAACAAGCGCCAACUGCUCCUCCAUUUAGCAGUCAGCAAGUUCGAUAAGCCGAAGGAACAGGAUCGGGAGGCUCUUGAAGAUUUCAAAUAUAUCAUCAGAACAAUUGUCGAUGCCUGUCCAGAAGCAUUGUAUGGUAAGGAUCGUAAUGAACGGACGGCCUACCAAGUGCUACUUCAAUAUUCCGAGGACCCAAAGACAUCCACCGAUCGUGUAAGUGCGGAGCUCCGACAGGCUCUGACAGUGUCCCUGAAAGAAGCCUGUAUUGGUGAUACUUUCUCGCAUAACAUGAAAGUCCAAUUUCUCUAUCCUCCAGGAUUAAACGGCCUUGGUAUAACCCCAUUCUUGUUAACGUAUCUCCAACCUAACCUCUAUGCCUGCCAGAACCGGCCCAUUGGAAAGAACUACGUGAAUGCCAUUACGGAGGAAAGGUUCGACUCAUUUCGUUUUGAAAGCUGCCUUAGCUACGUCUCCUUGCCUCCACGCAAACACCAAGUACCGGGUGGAGGGGCCCGAGCCGAGCCUGACAUCCUCGAUACCUACCAGCCGAUCUUCAAUUUUCUCAAGAGGCAGGGAGUCAAAAAGAUCUUCAGACUCACUGUAAAUGAUCUUGUCGGCCCACCUCAUAGUGAUAAAUCCAUCGUGGAGUUAACCAGAAAGUAUGACAUCCAGUACUGGGAUUGGAGAAAGCUCGAUAUCAGCAGCAACACGAUCCUGGAAGCGUCACCGGAUGUGAGGACUGUUGUUAUGCAUUCGAGCGGUAACUUUUCGACCCUCCAAGGGUGGGCUUGUAAGCAUGGUCUUGCCAAGCUGCAGAAGCUCGAGCAAGUCCAUGUUGUUAUCCACAAGGGCCCCGAGGAUGAUGCCUCGCUGCAGAAAUACCAAGUCCUCUUCCAGGAACGGUUACAGAGACGAUUUGACAAGGAUUCCAGGAGAGUGAAGGUAGACGUUGUGCUAGAGGAUGCAAUAUCUAUCAAUGCAGACGACCCUCGGGAUCUCGGCCUGGAAGAGCUAGCUGGUCGGGCAAAGAAAAACCACGCUUGGCUCAAUCAUAUGGACAAAUUCACCGAGGCAAUGCGCAACUACGAAUAUGAGGGCCAAAACCCGAUCGUCAAAGUGGCUCUCAUUGACGAUGGGAUCGAUCCAGAGAAGACCAGGUUCCGAGUCCAGGAGGGCAGGACGUUUGACGAGAAUGGCGACACGGGUCUUGAUAAUUAUUAUGUUGAUCCCGGUCAUCAUGGUACAAUCAUGGGACGCCUCAUCAGCAAAAUGUGCCCCGAGGUCCAUCUAUAUGUAGCACGAUUGAAGAAAGGGCCAGGGUCCGAGAUCUCAGCCGUGGCGGCGAAGGAGGCAGUUUAUUGGGCGUUGGAAAAGAACGUUGACAUAAUCUCCAUGAGUUGGACUAUCCCAGCAAAGAGUUCUAAUCCUCAGGACACAGACCGUUUCCAAGAGGCGAUAGAGGAAGCUGUCAGGCGGAAGAAACUCCUCUUCUGCGCCUUACGCGAGAGCGAGGAAGCCUUGAUUGCACAAGGCUUCUACCCUGUUGGUCUUGAACAAGUGUUCAGGAUCGGCUCCGCCACUAGGACCGGCAAUCUAGUCAAAACUCAUUCGGGGACGAGAAACCAGGAGGAGGAGAUUCGUUCCCUGAAUGGGAGUUCUGUUGCAACGGCCCUUGCCGCGGGGCUUGCAGCCCUAAUUCUGUUCUGUGCCGACCUCGUUGACCUGGAUACUGCCAGCCAGGGCCAGAAUCAUGUCUCGGAACGUGGGCAGACUUUACGAAAUAUUGCCAAGAUGAAAAAAGUAUACGAAACAAUGAGCCGAGAAAGCAACCAAGGGAAGUUCCCUGAGGUGCAGAAAUACUUCAAAAUAGCCGGCAGGGACCCCACCAUUGAAGAUAUCAAGACCUUGAUCAAUUCUUUAAUGUCAGGAACAACCGUCAGGAAAGAAGAGGACAGACAAUUGAACUUGGAAACUUAA